CUAGACCGGCAAAGCAGCGCGCCGGCCGACAGUCGUAGGCGCGAACGCCGCCGCGCCGCAAGCACCCACGCUCGCGCUCCAAAUUCGAUUUUUCCAUUUCGUUGGGCUGACCGAUUCCUUAAUUUUCGUCGAACUGACUUGUCGCGCGUGACUGAGUUUCUUUUUUUCUUAUUUAAACGUUAGCAUGCAAUUUUUGUUUUACUCCAAGGCUGUUGGAACUGUGCGUGCACCGGCUACACAACGUUGUUGGUGCGGGUUCGAUUCGCGUGCAAGGUAAUUGCGCACUGAUUACCGACCGAUUUUUUACUGCGUCGCUGUGUGUGUUAUGACAUUGUUGCGGGCGAUGUUUCUAUUACGUUAGAAGUAUCAUCAGCUUUUCGAUGCACGAAUUGAACAAUUCAAUAUCUCACUCUCUCUCUCUCUCUCUCUCUCUCUCUCUCUCUCUCUCUCUCUCUCUCUCUCUCUCUAGCGGUAUGAAAGAAAAGCGACAACUGCACCUGUAGCUUGCAAUCCGCGCGGACCAGCUCUCGUUCGACGCGAUCGGGUCAACCGUCAUAUUGAAAAGCGUCCUGUGAUAUGAGGAGCGACCGCCGCAGUCACGAGAUCGCCGAGGCAAUGCAGCUGAUGCGAGUGGUGCGGCAACGACGAUGACAACGACCUUGUUCAGCUGCUGCAGUUCGGCUCCGUAUGCGCACGUGUUUAAUUAUAAAGGCUUGUAAUUAUAAAGUCCAGCCCUCCUGCGAAUCGUCUACGAAUGAGGCACAAUGACGAGCCGAGGCAAAUGGAUCCUCGGGAUCCUGACGAUAGCGAUUCUCCUGAAGCCCGAGACCUGUCAGGCCACUCUGUCGGAAGAGGCGUCCGACGACGUGAUCGUCACCCCGCAAACGUCGACGAUCACCUCACUAUUCAUCGGGCAGCAGCAGCAGCAGCAUGCGACGACGGCUCCAGUGUCGACGACGACGAGGCGCGACCUGCCGGAUCGAUGCUUCGUCAAGACCGAGCAUGGGCCCUGCAAAAAUUAUGUCCACAAGUGGUCUUUCAACCAUACCGAGGGCAAGUGUAGCACUUUUGUCUACGGUGGCUGCUUAGGCAAUGACAAUCGGUUCAACACCGAGGAGGAGUGCAUGCAUCACUGCGUCGGCGGACCUGAGCAUACAUUGCCGCCGUACAUGGUGACAAAGGGGAGCGUAUUCGUAACGACGAGUGCAACGGUAAUGAGCACAACCUCGUCAACGACCACCACGACACCAAUACCCACAUUCACACCCACGAAACCAACGAGACCACCCGUACCAAAGCACAAAAGAGGAAAGGAGCUGACGUUCAUGGAGUCCGGCUACGAAAAGACUUUCAUGUUCGCCCAGAGCAAUACCUUCAUUCAGUUGGACGGCCCUGGUAUCAAAACCUUUCAACUGCGACUGUGUCGCGAGAUCUCAUUCAAGUUCCGGACCAAGUUGCCGCAUGGUCUUCUCGUCUACCAUAGCGUCAAGGAUCGGCCGGAACGUCUGGAUCCCUACGCGUUGUACGUCAUAGUAGAGAAGGGCCAGCUAAAAGUGGUCCACGUGUUUGGCAAAAAUUCGACGAGUUUGACCGUUGGCGAGGGACUGAAUCGCGACGAGUGGCACAGUGUUCUCGUGAGGAUCGACGUCCAUGGGGCUAAGCUCAUCGCGAGCGUUGAUGGCAAGCAAGCUGAGACCACUGUCGAGGUGCUCGAGCACAUUGUGAAUUAUGGUGUAUCCGAAGAGCUUGCAUCCGUGGUAUUGAUUGGAGGAUUGAGCUCUGAAGAACGGUUACACGGCGUUAAAUACAUUAUAGAGUCGUUCGUCGGGUGUAUCAUGGACAUGGUGCUGAGUUCGGGAAAGUCCGCCAGCGAUCUUCUUCCCAUCCGACCGCUUAUCGCUACGAAACAUGAGAACGUCAAAGAAGGCUGCAUCGACAAAUGUAAAACACGAGAGAAUCUAUGUUUCUUGGGAAGCCAGUGUGUCAACCAUUAUAACAGUCUUACGUGCGACUGCUUCGGCACCAAGUACGAGGGAGAAAGGUGCGAUGUGUACACUGCCACUAUUCUGACGCUGCGUGGAUCUUCAUACGUGUCGUUUCGGGUUUACGACUGGAAGGAUCGCGUUCACUCGUCAGUCAAUAGAAUCAGCCUUGCAUUUAAGACAAAAUGGGACGAUUCAGCGCUGUUCUACGCCUCGGGAGAGAUCGAUGGCACGGCUCACUACAUCGCUGCAUCAAUUAUCAACGCUACUGUCAUAGUCGAGCUUGACUUUGGACACGACUCGAAAAUCCACACAACUUUUGGUCAACACAUAACUAUGAACUACUGGAACAAUCUCACUAUUUUUCACAACGUAUCGAUGGUGUUCAUCAGUCUUAACGAUGAAGUCAGGAUGCUCGAGGUACCUGGCGAAAAUUACAACAUGAUCAUCGACCCUGAGAUCUACAUCGGUGGUGGGCCUGAACUAAACAAGAAACAAGGACUUGCAUCGACGAACAAUUUUGCAGGAUCUCUGAAGUACGUUUUCUUCAACGACAAGUCGAUAAUUUACGAAUUGAAACGAUCGAAUCCUAUGGUCCACUACAUCGGAGUAUUGGAGCCCGAAUAUUACGAAGACGACGUAGAAGUUAUACCGAUUACUUAUCCCUUCGCCGGAAGUCACAUUUGGUGGCCAAUAGAGAGCACCGAUACUCUGAAACUUAAUUUCGAUUUCAAAAGUUUCCAGCCGAUAGCCGUCGUUGCUUCUGGCGACGUCAAGAGCGAAAGCGGUCCAGGAUAUUGGGAGCUACGAGUCGUCAACGAUGAAAUUCGUUUCCAUCUGGUCCCGGUCCUAGGAGAAAAUAUGACGGUCACCGCAGCUGUAAAAUUUCCAUACAACACCUCUUGGCAUGCUGUUGAGCUGAACUACACGAAAGAAGAGCUCAGCAUUCUCGUCGAUUACAAAAACAAGCAAAGUAAACUAUUGCAGAUGAACCUGGAGCUUGGAGAUCGAGUCAUCAUCGGAAGUGGCAAAGGAAACGCUGGUUUGGUCGGAUGCAUGAGAGAAAUCGUGGUGAAUGACCAAAGAGUCGAGCCUCGAUAUAUUAUUAAUACCGAACGAGUAGUCGGAGAAGUUGCGCUCGAUAACUGCCAAUUCGUCGAUCCGUGCAAGAGACCGAAUACAUGCGAGCAUGGAGGAAAGUGUUCUGUCAAAGAAGAUAGAAUCACCUGUGAUUGUACAGACACCGGUUACAUAGGAAAAAACUGUCACUUCGCUCAAUACAGAAAAACGUGCGAGGAACUAGCUCUCCUAGGCUACACCAAAGACGACGUUUAUAGAAUCGAUAUCGACGGCAACGGUAGGUUUCCGCCAGCCCUAGUCAAAUGCGAGUUCCAAGCGAUCGAGGAUUCCACGAAAACGAUCGUCGAGCACAACCUGCCGUCCCAAGUGGACGUGCGCUCGAUAACCGAGUCCGACUUCUCGUUCAGCAUCAGUUACGUGCAAUUCACCGCGGAGAUGCUGCAGGAGCUCAUAUCGCACUCGCUCUACUGCAGCCAAUACGUCAAGUACGACUGCUACAAGGCUCCGUUGGAACUGCACAGCGCGACGUGGUUUUUGAGCUCGAAGGGCACCCCCGUCGACUACAUUGGAAACGUCAAUCGAGGUUCCUGUCCUUGCGGAGUCAAUAGAACGUGCGUCACUUCCAACCUGAGCUGCAACUGCGACGUGUCAGCUGGCAAGUGGUUGUCUGACGAGGGCUACUACGAAACCCCAGAGUCUUUGGGAAUUACGGAGAUGGUCUUUCUGCAACAGAGAGAUCUCGAAGAGGAUGCCCAGGGUCGAAUUACACUCGGGCCUCUCGAGUGCGUCGAAACGAAUACGCAAAAGUACGUCGUGACUUUCACGACGUCGCAAUCGUACAUCGAAGUGCCCGGCUGGCGAAAGGGUGACAUAGCCUUCAGUUUUAGAACGACCGGGGAAAAGGCUAUUCUCCUGUAUCAACCUCCCAUUCGCAGCAACUAUCCAUCGUUUAUGGUAGCGCUUACAUCUGACUACAGGCUAACUUUCAAUUUCACCCUGAACACGGGGACGAUUAGAGAACUCGAAGUGAAGAGUCGAAGAAAAUUGAACAACGGAGAGUGGCAGAAGAUCUGGAUAGAUUAUAAUGACUAUCACGUGAGGUUCAUGAUAAAUACAGACUUUCAGAUGGUCGAUUUGUUGCCCGAGGAGGAGUUUGGUCCGUUCGAAGGUUCCAUGUUUAUCGGCGGUGCUACAGCGGAACAUUUAAGAACUUCGUCUGUGAGACAAGGUUUGAUCGGCUGUUUCCGAGGUCUAGUCGUGAAUGGUGAAAUUCUCGAUAUCCACAGCUACAUGUCAGUCCAUUUAUCUGAAAUUAUAAAAGACUGUAAACCCUCGUGUCAGCCAAACAAGUGUCAGAACAAUGCUCGAUGCGUUGAACUUUGGAGCAACUUUACCUGCGUCUGCGAAAACAGAUGGGCACACCUUGGCACCUACUGCGAAACAAACAUCAACAACAAAGCUUUAACAUUCACGUCACCUGGAGCUUUCCUGAAGAAGAAUUACUUCGCCUCUAGCGAAGAGGAGGAAGAAAAAACUCUAUUAAAAAGCAUGCUGGUGAAGAAUAUCCUUAUCAACCUCCGCACAUACGAUAUGCACUCGUUGAUUUUAUAUGCAAACGAUCACUUGAAUAAUUUCGCUCACCUGUACAUCUCUAACGGUACCAACAUCGUCUAUUUAUUCAAUGCCGGCAACGAAAUCAAGAACAUCACAGUCGAGUAUCCAGCUGCCAAUACUGGCAUCUCAGUGCAAGUAGCCAUUGUCCGCACAGAGAACACGACGACGUUGCACGUGAAUGAGAACAACGUGACCCUCGAUGCCGUCCCUAUUCUUCUCGAUACUUAUUCAAACAAACCCUGGAUCAACCCAGAAAAGGAGAUACUCGCACCGCAAAGACCUCCCGCUCCUCCUACAGACUACUUUCAGGUCAAUUUGGGGGGAUUCGAUCCGGAUAAUCUCCUACGCGUUGGCGCUGAAGGAAACCUAAUUCAAGGUUAUAUCGGCUGUCUACGAGGCCUCAUGAUAGGCCAGUAUCUCGUUGACUUGCCGAAUUUGGCUAGCGAAGCCAAUCAUGAAGGUAGCAAGGGUGUCCUACCGAACUGUCACAUGAAGUGCGAUGCUGUUCCGUGCAAAAAUCAAGGAACCUGUACAGAGGAUUUCGGCAAACAGGAAGCAUCUUGCAACUGCGAGUUGACUUCUUACUUUGGAGAACAUUGUGCCGAUGAAAAAGGCGCAGAUUUUAGCGGAGAAAGCGUUUUGCAACGAGAGUUCGAUUUGGAUGGAGAAGUGAAUCGAAUAAAAAUUCAACUGGCCUUUUCAACGAUAGAUCGACAGCGAACUUCGGCUCUUCUGCUUCUUCAAACGGAGAACAAGAGAAGUUAUUAUUUAUUAGUCGCUCUCACGUCGGAGGGUCAGCUUAUUUUUGAAGAAGACAGAGAAGGCUCAGCAUACGGAGUGCGGCUCAACGAUAGAACCUUCUCGAACGGAGCUCGUCACAGUAUUUAUUACGUUAGGGACAAUAACACUGCCACUCUUUUAAUCGACAGAGAGCAGGUGCAACUGAUGCCCAUUCCAGCGUUGAAUUCGGGUGAUGACGAAGACGACGCAGGCGACGAGGACGACGACGGUCCUGGAGCGACCGAGAUUCAACUCGGUGGAUUGAAUACAACAGACAAGAGAUUCAGAGCUUACAAAGGUUACACUGGAUGCCUGAGCAACGUAGUAGUUUCAAUAAAUGGUGGCGUAGGCAUGAAGCCGCUUGAGGAGUACAUGUUGUUCACCAAGAAAGGCAGCGAGACGGUGCGAGUGACGGCACCGGCCGGUGUGCGAAGUGCCCAGUGCGCCGUUUUCCAUACGCAGCCACGUGGACUCGAACCGCCAAAGAAUGACAGUGUGAAUCGUGAACGCUCAUGGGGCGAGGACCCACCGAAGCGCGUGCUCUACAAGUCCCACUUUUCGGACGCGACGCAGGAAGAACAGGGAGCAGGCACCUACAUCUUCAUAGCCUUAGUCUGCCUCUUUGUGGCAGCUGUAGUCGGCUGCUCGUACGAGGUCUGGCGCAGCGCGCGGAAGGAUCGCAAGCGUCGCAAGCAGCGCUCGCGAUCGGGCUCCUCAACUUCUGGCUCGCAGCGAUGGCCGGGAUACGGCGCCGACAGCGGAACAACCACGCCCUUGAGUCCGGGAACCAAGAGUGUCGGGUUCAAGACUGUCGUGGUGGAUGCCGAGGAGAAAAGACCCAAUGGCACGCACAAGACCAGCGGUACUCCUAACGCGAAGGAUUACAAACCGCUGGCGAACUCGGAGCCUAAGGCGGAUGCUUUGAACGAUAAGAGGAGCAUUAAAGCAGACGAUGAGGCUGAGAAAAAGGAGCUGCUCGGGGUAAAUACAGGCCUCGUCUCUAAACCUGCGAAACCGAACCCAUUUUCGAUGGAAGACCUACGCGAGGAGCCUGAACUCGAGGAAGAAGAACAAAACGAAGCCUUUCACGAGGAGGACGAGGAGAGCGAGACGGAGCCCGAGCUGACGAACACGGAGAUCAGCAUUGAAGCCAACGGCAAGCCGCAGGUGCUGACGAGGCCAGACGAGCCGGUAAGAAGCUCAGCGGCAAAACACGCGGGCACCGGUAGUAUGAAGCGCCGAAGCAGGAGCCGCAAGGCUCUGCUGCAGACGAAUUUCUCGGUCACGGGUCUCAAUGAGAUCAAGACCGAGAGCAUUUCCACCAACGCGGAUCACCACAUUGUUCUGCAGUGCGACAUUACGGCUGACAAUUGCCCGCCAAUGAGACCUGGUCGCCGAAAAAGCAGCACUUCUCAAAUACCGGCUACUUGGAGCAAUGCUACAGAUGCGGACCAAGCGAAAAGGCUAAAGAAUAUGAGCCUAACGCCAAUCUUCCUCUCUCCGGAUCAGCGAACCUUCGCCAACCCCAUAAGCUAUCUCGGAGGUCCUCGACUGCCAGCUUCGAGGAGCAGAUCCUCCAUAGAAUCGAUACUAUCCCUCGACUAGAAUCUCUAGCUACCCACUGCGUUCUCGAGUUAGACACAUGAAUCCCUAGUCAGGAAAACAAUAUAAACGCUGGAAGCGUCAAAGGGGGCCACUACUUAACUGCCCCUUUAGUGGAGUCCGCGGAUGUGAAUCUCAAAGCAAGAGAAUUAAAACUACGCAAGAGUUUACAAUGUUUAUCUGUAUGAUAGUUUCAAAGUGUGCUUUGCGGUCAUUAACGUUUCUCGCGAAGUUGCACAUAGAAGAAACUAUCAAUAAAACGGUUCUCGACACAAUUAAUACGUCGAAUGGAUUGUUAUAUUAUAUAUUUGUCAUUUAUCUCGGGUAAACAUAGUUACUCUAAACUCGCUCAAAACUACGGGAAACGAUCUUAUCAUUUUUCUUUAGAGAUAAUCACAAUACUUUUUUCAUAUCAUACAAACAAUUCCAAAGUGCGCGAUGAAAACAUUAGAAUAAGCUGAAAACGAACCUACGAACAUAAUAAUAUGCUCUACCAGUAGAGGGGACUCUUGUAAACGACUCAUUCUGUAAAGCACUGAUGUGAGAGAUUACUUUGUUGUUAUAUUAUUGUGAUUCUAAUUAUUUGUGUCCAUUAAUGUAAUCAUUCCUCUUUUGUGAUAUAUAAGUAUGUGAAAUGAUCAACGACAGACAGAUAUGAUGCUGCGCCCUCCAGUCUGUAUUAAAUUCAUAUAGAAUUUAAAAUCCCAUUACAAAUAUAUGAUUGCUAUUAAAACGAUAAUUGAGUUUUAGCGUUUGGGUUUGGUCUGCAGAAGUCUACUCAUAUUAUUAGAAACAUGAGAGAUGCAUACAUAAACCUUUCGAGUGAGAUGAAAGGUGCCUGUUAUAAUUGUACAAAUUAAAAUAAACUCAAUUUUCGUUAUAAAUUCA